AUCUUUUUGCGGCGGAGGUAAAAAGAGCGGAAAAAAGAAGUCUUCUGCGGAAAGCAGGGCCCUGCGCCUGCGCUGCGCGGCGGUGACGACAAUUGUCCGCGCCCGAAGCCGAGCGUUGUCCUCGCCGGGUGGCGGGCGCCUGCGCAGUGGCUCCGAGCGGGCGGUUACUUGUUGGUUGUUGUAGUAACGGGGGAAGCAGUGGUCGGCUGCCGCCUUGAGCCCGGCUGGGGAAGGAAGAGGGAGGUAGGCGCAGAGCGCUGUCCCCGCCUGCCCGCCCCGAGCCAUGGGAAGAUGAAACAGGAAUCUGUGCCACCCAAAUUGUUUGAUCCAGUGAAUCUGCAAGGAAAGGUCUCUGAGGCCCCCGUCUGCUGACUGCAUGACAAACUCUAAAGGAAAUGCCAGUCGUGAUGGCCCGGGACCUGGAGGAAACAGCAUCAUCCUCAGAGGAUGAGGAGGCGGUAAGCCAAGAAGAUCAUCCAUGCAUCGUGUGGACCGGAGGCUGCAGGAGAAUUCCAGUUCUGGUGUUCCAUGCUGAGGCUGUUCUGACAAAGGACAACGGUAUUCGAGUGAUUGGAGAACGUUAUCACUUGUCUUACAAGAUUGUACGAACAGACAGUCGCCUGGUUCGCAGCAUCCUGACAGCCCAUGGAUUUCAUGAAGUUCACCCAAGCAGCACUGACUAUAACCUAAUGUGGACAGGAUCCCACCUGAAGCCCUUUUUACUUCGUACCCUCUCUGAAGCACAAAAGGUUAAUCACUUUCCCAGGUCGUAUGAACUAACCCGGAAGGACCGACUGUACAAAAACGUCAUUCGAAUGCAGCAUACGCACGGAUUCAAGGCUUUUCACAUCCUCCCUCAGACCUUCCUGCUGCCAGCUGAGUAUGCGGAAUUCUGUAAUUCAUAUUCAAAGGACCGGGGACCUUGGAUAGUAAAACCUGUGGCCUCUUCCAGGGGGCGGGGUGUCUACCUGAUCAACAAUCCAAACCAGAUUUCCCUGGAAGAGAACAUCCUGGUCUCCCGUUACAUUAACAACCCCCUGCUCAUAGAUGAUUUCAAGUUUGAUGUGCGCCUCUAUGUGCUUGUGACUUCCUAUGAUCCUCUUGUCAUCUAUCUCUAUGAAGAAGGACUGGCUAGGUUUGCCACUGUACGAUAUGACCAAGGAGCCAAGAAUAUUCGGAACCAGUUCAUGCACCUGACCAAUUACAGUGUGAAUAAGAAGAGUGGAGACUAUGUCAGUUGUGAUGAUCCGGAAGUGGAGGAUUAUGGGAACAAAUGGAGCAUGAGUGCUAUGCUUAGGUAUCUGAAACAAGAAGGCAGAGAUACAACUGCAUUGAUGGCCCAUGUAGAAGACCUGAUCAUUAAGACUAUAAUCUCUGCUGAACUAGCUAUUGCCACAGCCUGUAAAACUUUUGUUCCUCAUCGCAGCAGUUGUUUUGAACUCUAUGGCUUUGACGUGCUCAUAGAUUCUACUCUGAAGCCAUGGUUGUUGGAAGUGAAUCUCUCUCCCUCUUUGGCCUGUGAUGCACCUCUGGACCUAAAGAUUAAAGCCAGUAUGAUUUCAGAUAUGUUCACUGUUGUAGGGUUUGUAUGUCAAGAUCCUGCCCAGCGGGCAUCAACCCGGCCAAUUUAUCCCACCUUUGAGUCUUCCAGGCGAAACCCUUUCCAGAAACCUCAGCGUCCAGUAUCUGCACAGUUUCAGUCAUCAAGCACCAAACAGCGUUGCCGUCCACUCUCUGCCAGUGACGCGGAAAUGAAAAACCUUGUGGGCUCAGCACGGGAGAAGGUGCCGGGGAAGUUAGGUGGUUCUGUGCUUGGUCUGUCAAUGGAGGAGAUCAAAGUUUUACGGAGGGUGAAGGAAGAGAAUGAUCGGAGAGGUGGAUUUAUUCGCAUAUUCCCUACAUCAGAGACAUGGGAAAUAUAUGGGUCCUACCUUGAACACAAGACCUCCAUGAACUAUAUGCUGGCAACACGUCUCUUCCAGGACAGGGGAAACCCAAGAAGAAGCUUAUUGACAGGAAGAACACGAAUGGCAGUUGAUGGAGCACCGGAAUUGAAGGUAGAGAAUAUGAAUUCAAGGGCCAAGCUGCAUGCUGCUCUUUAUGAGAGGAAGCUCCUGUCUCUGGAGGUGCGAAAACGUCGACGACGGAGUGGCAGAUUGAGGGCAAUGCGGCCAAAAUACCCAGUGAUCACCCAACCAGCUGAAAUGAAUGUUAAAACUGAGACAGAGAGCGAAGAGGAGGAAGCAGUUGCCUUAGACAGUGAAGAUGAAGAACAGGAAGCUUCCCAGGAGGAGUCUGCAGGGUCCCUUGGAGAAAAUCAAGCCAAACACACACCCUCACUGACCGUUAUGGUAGAAAAUUCACCCAAAGAAAACGCCAUGAAAGUUCCUGAAUGGAAUAACAAAGGUGAACAGUGCUGCAAAACUGAGACUCAGGAGCCAGAGCCUAAAUUUAACCUGAUGCAGAUUCUGCAAGAUAAUGGCAAUCUUAGCAAAGUGCAGGCCCGAAUAGCAUUCUCUGCCUAUCUCCAGCAUGUUCAAAUCCGACUGAUGAAAGACAGUGGAGGUCAAACGUUCAGUGCCAGUUGGGCUGCCAAAGAGGAUGAACAGAUGGAGCUAGUGGUUCGUUUCCUCAAGCGAGCAUCAAGUAACCUCCAGCACUCACUGAGGAUGGUAUUACCCAGUCGGAGACUGGCACUUCUGGAGCGCAGAAGAAUCCUGGCCCACCAACUGGGUGACUUUAUCAUUGUGUACAACAAGGAAACAGAACAAAUGGCUGGAAAGAAAUCGAAGAAGAAACUUGAGGAAGAAGAGGAAGAUGGGGUGAAUACGGAAAACUUUCAAGAGUUCAUCAGACAAGCAAGUGAGGCUGAACUGGAGGAGGUGUUGACUUUUUAUACCCAAAAAAACAAGUCUGCAAGUGUCUUCCUGGGGACUCACUCAAAAAGUUCUAAAAACAGCAACAAUCUUUCUGAUAGCGGGGCAAAGGGUGAUCACCCUGAAAUGAUGGAAGAAGUGAAAAUAAAGCAGCCCAAGCAGCAACAAGCAACAGACAUUCACUCUGAUAAAUUAUCUCGAUUUACCACUUCAGCAGAAAAAGAGGCUAAAUUAGUCUAUACCAGUUCUUCCUCUGCUUCUUUCUCUGGUCCUGCUGCUGCUCUUCUGCAGAAAAUUCCCAACACCCAUUUGUCAUCUGUUAUUACCACCUCUGAGCUCUCACCAGGGCCAGGCCACCAUUCUUCUGUAUCUCAGAUUCCUCCAGCUAUCCCCAGCAUGCCUCACCAGCCAGCAAUUUUACUGAGCACAGUCCCUGACAGUGCUUCUCCCUCCAUCCAUCCUGGGACACAGAACGUACUGAGCCCCGCUGGCCUGCCGCGCUGUCGAUCAGGCAGUUACACCAUUGGCCCCUUUUCCUCUUUCCAAAGUGCUGCGCACAUCUAUAGCCAGAAACUGUCUCGUCCCUCUUCAGCAAAGGCAGCAGGUUCAUGCCGUCCAAACAAGCAGCAUUCAGGAGUAGCCAAAACACAGAAGGAGGGAGAAGAUGGUUCCUCAUACAGCAGACGGUACGACCCAAGUACGGUUACGGCUGAACUUCAGCGGCUAGCUGAGAAGCAGGCAGCAAGGCAGUAUUCUCCAUCCACUCACGUCAGUCUCCUCACCCAGCAGGUAACAAACCUGAAUUUGGCAAGUGGCGUCAUAAACAGAAGCAGUGCUUCAACUCCCCACACACUUCGGCCUGUCAUCAGUCCUAGUGGCCCAACAUGGUCAAUACAGUCAGACCCCCAAGCUCCUGAGAGCCACUCCGCCCCUCCUGGAAGCAGUUUUGUGCAACCGUCACCGCCAUCCGUCUCCAAAACUUCUGUCAUCAUCCCAAGGAGCCUCCAAGCAGGUGGCUUUGCCUGGGAGGGAGAGGUAAAGAACAACGCGUAUAGCAAGGCUACAGGGGUGGUCCCGCAGCACAAGUGCCACCCCACAGCAGGCAGCUACCAACUCCAUUUUGCCCUGCAACAACUUGAACAGCAAAAACUUCAGUCCCGGCAGCUUCUGGACCAGAGUCGAGCCCGGCACCAGGCGAUCUUUGGCAGCCAGACACUACCUAACUCCAAUUUAUGGACAAUAAAUAAUGGUGCAGCUUGCAGAAUUUCAAGCGCCACAGCUAGUGGCCAGAAGCCAACCACUCUGCCACAAAAAGUGGUGCCAGCUCCAAGUUCUUCCUCCUCCCUGGUCCCCAAACCCCCGUCCAAUCACAAACAAGUCCUCAGAAAGGCAGCAUCCCAGAGGGCUUCCAAAGGCUCCUCCACAGAAGGGCAGCUGGACGGACUCCAGAGCAGCCUUAACUCUGCAGCCUUUGUGCCCGUCACCAGCUCUACAGAUCCCGCUCACACUAAAAGAUGAAGCACAGACACGUGGAGGAGGAACCUAUUCACUACUCCACUACUCCUGGGUGCGUGACUCCAGUGAAGUAUCCACCAGUGCUGCAAGGGGUCCAGAGUAUUUUUUUUUUUUGCUGUUUCAGUCCCCAGUGCCUACCAGCAGAAGUGGCAGUAGAUUGUUGCCUAUCAGCCAAUCCAGACUUUUCCUGAGACGACAGGAAAACAUGUCAGCUGGGUUUCAGUGGAACUUGGCGGUGGGGACAUUCAGCGGAAGCAAUAUAUACCCCAUCAGAGCACACGUGUAUCUUUUACCCCUUUCACCCCCUCUCCCACCUGCUUAGGUCUUCUCUGUCCCUCUCCUGCUACCACACAGAGAUGAUAUAAAAGAGACUCUUUGGCUAUUUGCAUUUUGCUUCCUCUUCUUUUCAAGAUUGCAGUAUUAAGCUUUACCUCCUAAAAGCCUAAAAUCCCAACAACAUUAUGUACCAAAGUUGUUCUUCCCUUGCAAGAGGGUUUGGAGGAAAGGGGGAGUUUAUAUCACAAGUUUCCCGGAGAGUGAAAAAAAGUCCGUGUGCUGCUGACCACAUGAGCCAUGCUGAAGGCACCCUUUGGAAUUACUGAUUUCUAAAAUUAAUAAAGUAAGUCUAUUUUUA